CAGUACCACAGAAGUACCAAUUUAUGAAUCGCCAAUUUUAAGUCUGCUCCGCUGCACUUCCCACAAAAACGAACACGAAUAGAAUGAAAUAUGAAGAGGAAGGCGACGUCCAAGGCCACAAGUGCAUGUUCUCCGACAACACCUCCGUCGACGGAAGGCCUGCUAGUGGAAGGGCGGCCUAAACACCCUGAAGAUUCUUUUGUACCAUUGGAUGUGGUCUUAUCCAAAAAGAGCACUGUUGACGAGACUCAGUGUCGAAACAACGCGGAAUAAAUUCAAUGAAUCUGCCCUGCCAACAAAAGUGAAGUUGUUCACUCGUCACCCUGAUCCUGAUGGAGAAGGACCAGUUCGCUGCACAUCCUUCUGUGAAGAUGCUACAAACCAAUUAGCUGACUUAACAGAGACACAAUUUAAGGCUGCAGUAAAAGAGGCAUGUGGAGAUGCAUUCAAUACUGAGUUGUCCCUUGAUAGUGAUCCAGAUUGGGACAAAGCGUUCGGCAUAAUCGAAGCACAAGAUUACACCUUUUCCAAACAAGGAACAUGGGCAACAACAAAACCUGUAUUGCCACCUGGCGGUAACGAUGGGAUACACAAUGACCUGUACAUUAUGGCUCAGAGCCUGGAGCGUGCGUUAGUUACCAUGAUGAGUAAUGGAGAAGCCAAGAAGUUCAUUGAGAAAAUGCUGAAUAGCAUUCAAAUUCAUGAAGGAAUCACUGAUAGUGUAGUGACGCAUGAGAGUCCAGUGAAUUAUUCAUACACAAAUGGUAGAGUCCAGUUUGUUGAACCCGAUGAUGUUGACACAUGGGAAAAUGAUGAGGUUUCUGUCGUUAGCGUGCAGCGCCGCAGGACAUCAGCAGCAUGGUCCUCGAUUGAUUCUGAGGAUCCAUCCGUUUGUCCUUCAGAAAUUCAUGGAAUUGUUCCCGAUCAUAUCUGGUAUUUGCAUCACUAUCCAGGCUUUUUCAUUCUUAAUGUAGAGUGCAAGCAAGUUGCUGAUUAUAGCUCUAGGAUUCAGUGCAUUCAUCAAAUGUUAACACAGAUGCAUUUUCAAAAUUCUUCUUUUGGUCUUUUGAUUUCUAAAAAGGGUUGGCAUCUAAUCCUUAUAAGGAAACAUGAUGACAUAUUCUCGGUAUAUCAAAUGAGUAGUUCCCUUAUUAGUUUGGAAAAUUUACACUUCAAUGUACAGAGUUUGAAGUCAUUGUGCUGCUGGUUAUAUAGAAUCAUGAAUUUCAGACUGAAAUGUUUUGCAGGCUAGAUAUAAAUGCAGCAAGAUCGAAAUAGGUAAAGGGCCAUUUCAUGGUAUUUCUGAAGUGGUGUUGAAAAUAAAAAGGGUCGAAUCUCAACAAAAAACAUUUGGAUGUGGACAUUUGGCUGGAUCUUGAUUGAUAUUGUUGAGUUCUUCAAUUCAGAUACUCACGAGCAGGAUAACCGUUCAGGAUUUAACCGCGAAGUUACUAUUUAUAGCUCACAAGGUCAUUUGCAUAAGAUAUUGAUGACGUUUUAGUCACGUGACAGUCGGACAUCGACACUUAUUUCUACGCAUUUGAGCUUAUUUCAAAGUCAAUUAUCUUUGACCCUGCAUUGUUUUUAGUAUGAAUGAUACCAUAGAGUCAGAGAGAGAAAUAUUCAGAACAAUUGUGUAGUAUUUCCAACACUCGGACAUGUGCCAGAUUGAAUCUAACUGCCCUAGUUAGAAAGCCUGAAUCCAUUACGAAACCGCAUGUUUGUCCGACAUUGCCUGUAAUUCAGCGAUGGGGAAAUAGAGGGCAGCAGCUGUAGUGACGUCAUCUUCGCGGAAUGCUAUUCAGACACACACGAGCAGGAUAACCGUUCAGGAUUUAACCAAAGACGAAUUUAAUCAUUGAUAUACAACGGUACUUUUAUUCACGGAGGGGCGUAUCGGUAACCACAACUACAUAAAACACAUGACUAAUACCAGGCCGAAGACAGGUAGGGCCAAAGACAGGUUGUGAUAAUAAUGUCUGAUGCAAACAUGACAGAUAUUACUCGCUGAGUAUAAUUGACUAAGUUGAGUUGCAAGUAGGGCUGGAUCUGGAUUGAUGGUACUUGGCAAUAUAAUUGACUAGGUGUUGAUAUUUUAAAAUAUGAGCUAGACUGUACAUUGUAAAAAUAAAAAUUUAAUGCUUGUUCUUAUAUAGCACUUUUAUACUGUACUGCCUCAAAGCACUUUACAUUCAUCCCCCAGCCUAAUCCUUCUGUAGAAACCAAGGAGCACACAAUCCGCAUUGCUUUUGGACAUUUCGGGCCAGUUGAAAGUACCGAGUGGUACCGGCCAAGCUUCGACCCCUAUGACCUACGGACGCUCUUCCACAGUGCCUGCACGCUUCCCGUGUACCUCUCAUUGGAAAUUAUACCUUAGUAGCCCAGUGAUCUCAGCAUGUUUUUGGUUUUGGAACUGGCCUCAUGUGAAACCUAAAAGCCGCAUUAUUUCUUGGGAGGGUGUAUUACAUACAUUGUAUAACCUCGCCAUAAUCAUCUUAU